UAGGAACAACCGAAAAAAAUGGCCGACAAAUCCAGUUCCUCAACUCACGAAAUAACAUACUAUUUAAAUGUUGAAAAUGCAAAAGUCCUUGCCUUUCUCAUGGUGACUGGAUUUGUAUUUUAUCAUGGAUUCAUUCACGUUAAGUAUAGUAAUGAUUCCUGUAAAUGGUUGCUAAGUGAUGGAAGAUUUCCCGGGUAUGGUGUAUGGCAGCCGUAUGGUUGUAUGACUCACAAAUAUAAUCUAGAGGAUUCUAGAAUGUGUAUGCAUUACAUAUCGUACUGGGGCGGUCACAACCACAUCACAUUUCUUGGAGAUUCAAGGAUAAGACAACUCUACUUUGAAUUUGUAAAUCUGCUCAGUAAUAAACCAGUGCUACAAUACAAGGCACAUGAAGAUAUCAACUUUCAUGACAAGCAUAUAAAUGCUAGAGUGGAUUUUAUUUGGAUGCCAUUUGUAAAUACUGACAUGCAUAAGAUGUACAAGUCUUGGAUGCUGAAUGGACCAAGAGACAGACCUAAUCUCAUUGUAACAGGAAGUGCAACGUGGAUAAUCAAAGAAUUUAAUGCCAGCAAAGAUGCACUAAAAAACUUCGAAGCGAACUUGACCUACGUUGUUCCUUACUUUGAGAAGAUGAAAGAAUCCACAGACAUCAUAUGGGCACUUCAAGAUCCUGUGUUAGAGAAAAGAUUGUAUGCAAAUCGUUCUAUGAUCACAAAUGAACAGAUAGAUCGCUAUAAUAAAGUGGCACUGGAAGUUUUUGCUAAGUUACAAAGUUCAGCAAAGAUUUGGAGUUCAUCAAGGUUGGUAGCUCAAGGAAUGAAGAAGGAGUUAGUGGAUGGUAUACAUCUGUCUUCUACACCUUUACAGCUGGAUGUUCAGAUGUUGAUGAACAUGUAUUGUAACAACCACAUGAACCACAAUGAUGGUACAUGUUGCAGCAAUCCAGAACCUACCACCACUCUACAGAUUAUUGUGGCAGCUUUCUUUCUUGUCUGUAUGAUAUCUAUGUUUGCUCUGGUUAUAUACAGAAGAAGGAUGAGAAGGAAUGGUGUUAAAAUUAGAACAGAGAAUGGCCAGAGAAAUGGAGGUACCAAUGGCAUGGAGCAACCUGUAGCAGAACAUUCCCAGUCAUUGUAUGAAGUGUUGUCAUCUCUCUCAAAACUGGGGAUAAUCAUGGCUUACUUCUACCUGUGUGAUAGAACUAAUUUCUUCAUGAAAGAGAACAAGUAUUAUACACAUGUGAACUUCUUCUUGCCAUUUGCCUAUGUGAUGAUACUGGGGUUUUUCUUCACUGAAAGUACAGAUAAGACUGAAGUUUUACAUCGAGACCAGACAGAUGAGUGGAAAGGUUGGAUGCAGUUAGUUAUACUAAUAUACCACAUCACAGGUGCUAGUAAAAUACUGCCAAUAUACAUGCAUAUACGAGUGUUAGUAUCGUGCUACCUGUUCCUGACUGGGUAUGGACAUUUCAUGUAUUUCUGGAAGAAAGGAGAUUAUGACCCCUUCAGAUAUUGUCAGAAGGGUUGCAGUGUAUUGCCUGUUUACUGGCAUUUGAGACAGAACUCUUUAAGAAGAUUGCUUGAAGUGUUGUUCCGUUUGAACCUGUUAGUUGUAACAUUGUGCUUUGUAAUGAAUCGUCCAUACCAAUUCUACUAUUUUGUACCAUUGGUGUCAUUCUGGUUUAUGGUUAUAUACAUCACCAUGGCGGUAUGGCCCCGAGUGUCGGAGAAACAUGCAGAAGAGAAAACAAGAGCAUAUUUCUUCAUGGUGAUAAAGUUUGUCCUUCUAGUCACAGUUAUUAGCCUGUUCUACAUGUCUGAGGUGUUCUUUGAAAAGAUAUUCCUGAUGAGACCAUUAAAACCACUGUUUGUUACAUCAGAUGAUUCUAUACAUGAAUGGAGGUUUAGAUGGCAGUUAGAUCGUUAUAGUGUUGUGUAUGGAAUGUUGUUUGCAUUUGGCUACCUCAUACUGAAACGUUAUAAAGUUAUCCAGGAUAUUGACAACAGAAAUCUGUUCUCGACGGGAAUAUCUUGGACAUUUACAUGUCUGGGUCUUAUAGGAUUAGGGAGUUAUGCUGCUUUCUCAUGCUUGUGUAGAAAUAAACAAGAAUGUAACGAUGUGCAUUCUUACAUCAUGUUCAUUCCUAUUGUCUCAUUUAUACUUGUAAGAAAUAUUCCUGGAGGUAUUAGAACACGGUAUAGCUCAUUCUUUGCUUGGUUUGGUAGAAUAUCAUUAGAGUUGUUUAUAUCCCAGUACCAUAUCUGGUUGGCAGCAGAUACCCACGGUGUUCUAGUGAUGAUACCCAGCUACCCUGUCUUAAAUGUGAUACUCACAAGCUUUAUCUUUAUCUGUAUAAGUCACGAAAUUGCUAACAUUACGUCUGUAUUGACCAAAUAUGCGGUACCACACGAGUGGAAAGCUUUACUUAGAAAUAUAAUCAUUAUGGCACUUGUUAUAGUUCCUCUAUGUAUUUCAAGAGGUGUCAUCUGAAAGGUUGAAAUACGUCAGUGUAAUGGUAGUUAGUGGAAUUCAAAGAAAUAUUUGUGAUAUCUUUAUUCCUAUUUUUUGAAAGUGAUCAAUAUGGUGUGAACAUUUGGGUUUUUGCCGACGGGGUGAUGAAAACUGAUAAUGAUGGCAAAAUAAAAGAUUUUGUCUACAGAUGUUGUGAGAUUAAAGUCUCAACAUCCAUGUGAUGACAGAUUGAUUCAGUUCAAAGGAGCUAGAUCUGGUAAAUGUUUCCACAUGAUGGUAUAGAUUUAACGAAGCAGACCAAGUUAAUUCCCCAGGAAGGGAGUGCUUGAACAUGGGAACUUCUUGGCCAAGCUGCAGGGAUAAUGUCAACUAUUAUUGAAGAAAAUGCCUGCUUGAAUAGAAUGGAGGCAGGUUUACAUCUAAGACACAGUGAGACUGUCAGCAAAUGGGAAAUAAGUCAUUAUCCUCCCUCCACCAUUUAUGGCCAUUAUUGUCAUCCUCCAUCUCCCAUUCAAGGCCAUUAUUGUCAUCCUUCACCAUUUCUGGCCAUUACUGUCUUCAUUCAUUGUUCAUGCUCUACCAUUCCUGGCCAUUAUUUUCAUCCUCCAUCACCUUUUCCUUCCUCUAUCUGCCAUUAUUGGCCAUUAUUGUCAUCCUCCAUUUCCCAUUCAGGGCCAUAAUUGUCAUCCUCUGUAUCUCCCAUUCAUGACCAUUUGUUGCCAUUCUCCAUCUGCCAUUCCUUUCAUUGCCAUUAUUACAAUCUCAUUUAUUCAUGGCCAUUAUUGCCAUCCUCCAUCUUCCAUUUAUGACCAUUAUUGUCAUCCUCCAUCUUCCAUUUAUGGCAAUUAUUGUCAUCCUUCAUCCAAUAUUCAUUACUGUCAUCCUCUACAAUUACUGCAUCCUCCAUAUACAUGUACCAUUUAUUGACAAAACUGUAAUCCUCCUCCCAUUCAUGACCAUUAUUGUCAUCCUCAAUCGUUAUUCUGGUCUUACAUCUACCAUUCCUUGCCAUUCGUAUUCAUUCCUUGUUUUCACUAUAUAAUUAUGUGGGCCACAUUGCCCGUUGACAGUAACUGGACUUCAGAAUGUUAUAAAAAAAGUUUCCAAAUGCUGUAAUACAGUAAACUUGUUCCCUGUUUCCUGUAAGUUACUACUGCAGUAUAUUAGCUAUUGUUUGAAAGCUCUCCAGCCAUGAAAACAAAACAUAAAAUAAAUACAGCCUUAUACUGCAAAUACUGUUGUUUUGUGCCUCCCAAAACUUAAGAGUUGCCCUUGUCUGUCCAUUUGACCGAAUUUGUGUUGUGCAUAUCUCAAAGUAUUUGACCCAGAGUCAUCAAACCUCACAGAAUGGUUAUUCAGCAUGAGAAGUUGUGCACGUGCUGUUUUGAUUUGGAUUUCACACAACCAGACCAGAGUUAGGGCCCUUAUUUGACCUAGUUUCAAGAAACAUCAUAGGAAUAUUAUUCAGCAUGUGAAGUUGUGUACCUUGGAUUCUGUUCAGGAUUUCUGUAAAUCAGACCAGAAUUAUCGUCCUUUUUGUCAAAAAUUUGCACUACGCGCAUACAAGUUUGUGUUCCACUUCGCAAGACCAGAAUUUUGGCCGUGGAAUUGGUCAAAUAAUAAAAGUUUGUGUUACAUUUAUUUCAAAGUGUACUUGACCUAGUCAUGAAACAUUAAAGGAUUGUUAUAUAACUUGUGAAGUUGUGCACCUUGUGUUCUGUUGUGUGAUUUCACUCAACCAACCAGAGUUAUGGUCCUUGACUUAGUGAAAAAUACACUUGAAGUGAUUAAAAAUUGUGUUCCGUAUGUCUUGAAAGAUAUUUCACUUAGAGUCAUGGAACUAUGUAGGUAUAUUAUCCAGCAUGCGAAUUUAUGCACCUGAUUUGUUUUAUUUUACUUUGCUAGGCCAGAGUUAUGGCCCUUGACUUAGUCAAAAAAUAAAAGUUUGUGUCCCAUGUAUCUCAAAAUGUACUUGACCUAGAGUCAUAAAAUAUUAGGGGAUUGUUAUAUAGCAUGUGAAGUUGAGCACCAGGUGUUCUCUUUGGGAUUUCACCCAGCUAGGCCAGAUUUAGGUCCUUCACUUAGUGAAAAAUACACAUGAAGUGCUUAAAAGUUGUGUUGCAAACAUCUUCAAAAAUAUUUCACCUAGUCAUGAAACCAUGUACAGUGACAGGAGUGAGUGUGUGGGGUGGGAGCAUCUGUGUCCUAUGGAUACACAUCUGGUUAUCUUUGUUAAUUUCUGGAAUGGGGGGAUUGUAAUAUUGAUGCCACAGUAUUUUGUUUUCAGAUCUUCUGUAUUUUUGAUCAAAUUGUGUUGUGUAUUUUAUUUAUUAUGUGAAAGAUAGACAUUGUUAAAAUGCAUUUUUUUUUUAAUUUAUUUUUGUUAUUUAUUUGACUUGAAAUGUGAUUGUCUCAUUGACAUUUUUAUAUGUAACUAUUAAUUUUUCAGUGUGUUCACAGCGUGCUUUGUUGGCAGAUGUACUGCAUAAGAACACUCCACCCACAAUAAUAUACCUUGAAAUCCUUAACAGUUUCUGCUUCUCCCCAGUCACUCAGCCUCUUUUUUACACCAACCCAGAUUUUGACUUAUCACAGCAGAAGGACGUUUUUAGCUCACCUGAGCCAAAGGCUCAUGGUGAGCUUUUGUGACCGCUUGAUGUCCGUCGUGUGUCCGUCAACAAUUUCUAAAAAUAUCUUCUUCUCUAAAACUGCAGAUUUACACCAAACUUCACAUGAAUGAUCCUUGGGUGGCCCCCAUUCAAAAUUUUUCAAAGAAUUUAACUCCACAAAGAACUCUGGUUGCCAUUGCAACCGAAAGGAAAAACUUUAAAAAUCUUCUUCUCAAAAACCAGAAGCCCUACAGCUUAGAUAUUUGGUAUGAAGCAUUGCCUAGUGGACCUCUACCAAGUUUGUUCAAAUCAUGACCCCGGGGUCAAAAUUGACCCCACCCGAGAGGUCAUAUGAUUUUACAUAGGAAAAUCUUAAAAAAUCUUCUUCUCAGAACCCAGAAGCCUUAGAGCUUAGAUAUUUGACAUGUAGCAUUACCUAGUGGACCUCUACUAAAUUUGUUCAAAUCAUGACCCCGGGGUCACUUGAUUUUAAAUAGACUUCUAUAGGAAAAUCUUCAAAAUUUUUUUUAAAAAUAAACCAGAAGGCCUAGAGCUUAGUUAUUUCACAUCUAGCAUUGCCUAGUGGACCUCUACAAAAUUUGUUCAAAUCAUGACCCCCGGGGUCAAAAUUGACUCUGCCCCAGGGAUCAUUUGAUAUUACAUAGGAAAAUCUUCAAAAAUUUUCUAAAAAUAAACCAGAAGGCCUAGAGCUUAGAUAUUUAACAUGUAGCAUUGCCUAGUGGACCUCUACAAAAUUUGUUCAAAUCAUGACCCCCCGGGUUUAAAAUUGACCCCGCCCUAGGGGUCACUUGAUUUUACAUAGGAAAAUCUUCAAAUUUUCCAUAAAUAAACCAGAAGGCCUAGAGCUUAGAUAUUUGACAUGUAGCAUUGCCUAGUGGACCUCUACAAAAUUUGUUCAAAUCUUGACCCCCAGGGUCAAAUUGACCCCACCCUAGGGGUUACUUGAUUGUACAUAGGGAAAUCUUCAUAAAUUUGCUAAAAAUAGGCCAGAAGGCCUAGGUCUUAGAUAUUUGAAAUGUAACAUUGCCUAGUUGAGAUGUUGCAUUGCCUAGAGGACCUCCACAAAAUUUGUUCAAAUCAUGACCCCCGGCUUCAAAUUGGCCCCGCCCAAGGGGUUACUUGAUUGUACAUAGGAAAGUCUUCCAAAAAAUGUCUAGAAAUAAACUAGAAGGCCUAGAGCUUAGAUAUUUGGUGUGUAGCAUUGCCUAGUGGAUCUCUGCCAAGUUUGUUCAAAUCAUGACCCCAGGUCAAGCUUAAAUGCAAAUCUUCAUAGCAACCAUUUAACCAGGUGAGCGAUAUAGGGCCAUCAUGGCCCUCUUGUUUUUUCAUUGUUUGCGAGAAAUGAUUGUUUUCUAGUGUUGAGUGUAACGGUAAAAGAUUUGUAGAAAUGUAUUAAAUAUUUUGAAGUAAGCUUUCA